AUGCCUGGAGAAAAAGGAAUGACGGGGCUUAAAGGAAUGGAUGGAUUUCCUGGGCCACAAGGGAUGAAUGGAAUACCUGGGAAAAAUGUAAAAGGAGAAAAAGGAGAUGCUGGAAUGCCAGGACAACCAGGAUUGGGAGGAUUGCCAGGUAUUAGAGGCAAAGACGGUAAAGCAGGAUUACCCGGGUUACAGGGAUUGACGGGUCCUAAAGGCGAAAAAGGAAUAAAUGGGAUAAAUGGAAAUGAUGGACAACCCGGAGUGCCUGGGCCGCAGGGACCAGCCGGUAUGAAAGGCGAAAGAGGAAGUCCUGGACUGAAUGGAAAAGAUGGCUUACCAGGACCAAAAGGUGAUCCCGGUACGUGGGAGGAAAAUUUAAAUCCGUUAACUAAUAAACGAGAACUUUUUGACCCGGAGGAAGCACAAAGUGAAAGGGACCGAAUUAUAGAACAAAAUCAUGAGAAAAGUAGGCUAAAUUAUUUGGCUUGGCAAGAAUCGCAGGAAAGAGAGAAAAUAAUGCGUGACCAAUGGACUGAUUCAUGUUUAACCAGGAAUCACCAACUUGGAGUAGCAAAAAUUUUAGCGGAACAAAACCCGAGGGGAGCAGCUAGAUUGCUUUAUGGACGACAAGAUAUUACUGCUUUUUUGGAAAAAGAUACUAAAUUAAAAUGGACAUUAAGUUUGUGCACCCCUGUUGAAAUUGAAGAAAUAAUUUGGGAACAAAAAAUUAAUGGAAUUUGUUAUAAUUUACUGCCUAUUAAAGUGAAAGGGAAAAUUCUUUUUGCAUCUCCAGGAAGUCCUGAUUUAAUUUCGGAAGCAAAAAUAAUACCUUGCGACAAGGAGAAAAUUGUCGAAAAUAAAACUAAAAUUUUGGAUUUUAACCAAAAGCAACAUUCUUUACUUAUUAAACCAAUAAUUGAUUCAAGAACAGGAAUUAUUUUCAAAGCAGGAAACACUUUUGGAAGAGAAAAAUUAACAAUAAAAGGAGAUUUGCAAAAAUUUUCAGAUUUGUUACAUCAGUCACAUUUGAAUCUGCCUAUGGAUAUUCAUCAACCAGAAGUUGAAGAAGUUAUGACAGGAAUUUUUGGAUCGAUAGAUCUAUUCCCAGAAGGCGCAAAAAAUAUUACAUCAGAUGUGGUACAGGGUAUAAAAGAUAGUAUGAGUAAUGGAAUCGAAAUUGGGAAGGAAAUGGCCGUAAACAUUAAAGAAAAAGGAAGUGAAAUUAUUUCAGAUGCAAAAGAAAUUACCGCGAAUUCAGGAUUUACUGGACGUAGUUGGAGGGAAAAGUUUAUUUUCUAUUUUUGA